GAUGACAUGAUUCAUUAAAUGUAUCACUGUUUUCAAGAGCGAUGUUAACAUAUCGAUUAUUAGUAUUCGCCAGUCGCCACGCGCGACGCAACAGUUGGAAGAAAUCAACAGGCGGGAGUGUGCGACCCUACUCCUUUCACCCGCGAAAUUUUAAAUUCGUACUGUGUUUGUUUUUUUUUUACCGCGAUGAACUUUCAGAGCAAAGCCAAUAAAUAUGUGUGCCCAAAUGAUCGGCAGCUUUCUUUACGGUCAAAGUUACGAACUGGUUGGUGUGCUGCUAGAAGUGAACCACCUUUGACGCAAAAUGAGCGGGAAGCCAUUGCAGCCGUGGUGAAGAGAGCUGAGAAGGUGGACGAGGUAGAGGCGCGACGCGUUGGUCGACUAGUUGCAAGACUCGAAGGGAUGCGUCGUUCAGCGCAAGGUCCUGCACCCCGCAGCUGUCUGCUUUGUGGAGAGACGUCGAAGUUGUUGGCUCCUUUACGCACCUGCUCCAUGUGCCAAAACUCUGCCUGUCCCAAAUGCGUUAUUGACACACCCUCUCACAGAUCACCAAUUUAUUCUAGAAGAGAACAGUACAUGUGCAACCUUUGUGCGGAAACCCGGGAGAUGUGGAAAAAGUCAGGCGCGUGGUUCUUCAAAUCCUUACCGAAAUAUAUCUUGCCCGACAGGAGACCCACGGGACGAUACAACGAUUCGGAGCUAGCCAAAUCACUUCAGGAAGCAGGCAACAGUAGCAACGAGGGGAAAACAGACUCUGAACCCGGUUCUCCUCACAGCAUACACCAGCCAUCAUUCUCCCGGCAACCCAGCAACACCGACAGCAGAAAAUCCAUAAGCUCAGCAAAGGACCACGAAUGGAGCGAAACCGAUAUCUUAUCCCACGGAGUAAGCGGACUAAGUCUACAUAGAACAGAUAGCCUUAACCAGCGUCCUUUAGGCCUUAAACGCACUAGCAGCAAAGGCAGUGCCUACAGUCUUAGAAGUAUAAGAAAAGAGAUGCCAAAACCUACUCAAUUAGAGAGACCACCCACCAUCCCUGACUCGGGAUUCGGGACUUUGGAAUUAAAAUUGGCCUAUGAUAAUGGGACUUCGUCAUUGGCUGUCACAGUGAUGCGGGCAAGAGGGUUAAUAGGCAUGGAUAUGACCGGACUUUCAGAUCCGUUCUGUAGGUUAGAAAUAUUACCACGAGAAGGCACUUAUUCAAACAGACUACGGACGAAGACGGUACACAAAACGAAAAAUCCGGAAUUCAACGAGACUGUUCACUUUUUUGGCAUCACCGAGUCUGACUUAUCCACAAAAUCUUUGGAGAUUGUUCUAUUUGAUGACGAUAAGUACGGUUGCGAUGAAAUGGGCUCAGCUACAGUUGCUCUCAGGGAAUGCCUGAAGUCCCCCGCUCAGUUACGAUUAGCACUCUCAGGGGCAUCGGGUGCCGAGCCUAUAGGGCCGAGGCUUCUGUUAGCGUUGUGCUAUAGCACCAAGAGAAGAGCAUUAGUGGUAACGAUCUGCAGAGGCGCGGAGUUGCCGUCCCAGGACAGUAAUGGAUAUUCUGAUCCUUUCGUUAAAUUAUACCUAGAUCCCGAUCCGUACCACAAGAAACACAAGACGUCAAUCAAAUGGCGCAACUUGAAUCCAGUUUGGAAUGAAGAGUUCCUCUUCGAGACUCGACCGACUGAGCUUUCCCGACAGAACUUGACUGUGACCGUCUGGGACAAGGAUUAUGGGAAGCCUAACGAUUUCCUCGGCAGCUUAGUACUAGGAGCGAGCAGUAAAGGGAGGAGACUAAAACACUGGAUGGAUUGCAUUAAGUUCCCUGAUCAUAAACAUGAGCAGUGGCACUCUUUAACUGAUACACAACAUUUGUAAAUUAAAAACUUAACUUAGCUCUUUCCACGAAAGUUGAAAAUUUAGUUUCCAACAAAGUUAAGAUACAAAACGUCAUUCCCAGGACGUCGGGUCUCUACCUAACCUACUACUUAAGUAGGUAAUAAUGUAAAACGUGCCAAAGAUUUUUAAGUACCUAACUAUAAUAUUGUUAUAAGUUUAUGUAUUCAUAUUAUAAUUAUUGUUGUCGUAUCUACUGCUUUAAAUAAAUAAAAUAUAAUUAUCACACAUAGGUACCUAUUGCUACCAACUUACCUACUAAGUGUUUGAAUGUUAUUGUGAGAAAUACAGAAUAUAUGUUU